AUGCGCAUUUAUUGGCUUUGCGCCUUGGAUCAGCUCGGCUUGGAUCAGCUCACCUUGGAUCGGAAAGCCUUAGAUCGACUCGCCUUGAAUCGACUCGCCUUGGAUCGGCUUGCCUUGGUUAGACUCGCCUUGGAUUGGCUCGCUUUGGAUCGGAUUGCCUUGGAUCGUCUCGCCUUAGUUCAGCUCGGCAUGGACGCUCAGCUUGGCUUGGAUUUUUAUCAACUUGGCCCGGCUUUCAAUUUCACGGCGUCGUUUCACUUCACGACAUACUUCCUGACACUUUCCUUCAAUUAUGCUCUGUUUGAAGGCGGUGAAUGUGAGGAAGAUCCAAUAAUGGACUGCUCCACCGAGAAGCAUAAGUACACACAUAAAGUUUCAAAUAUUAAACCACCGAUGCCAGAAAUAGUGGGAAGUGGGGAAACGAAGCUGUGCGAUGAGAUGCAGUGCAAAUUGCCAAUUAAUGACACGAGCGUGGUGACAUUUGAUUUUAAAUCAGACCACGCGUACGAUCAGUGCGGAGCUCUCAAAUUCCUGCGCCUGAAAAUAGCGGGCGGUCAAACUCUAACAUGCAACGUUACAACUUACAUCAGUAAGCUCGUUACCGCAUUCAUUAAUUAA